AUGAGCAACUGGCUAAGUCAUAUACGCUCGGAGCCGUAUUCAGCCCCAGCAAUCCCGACCAGCCUCGAAGCAUCGUGGCUUCAAACUCCCGCAACUCCGCGGACAGCUCCCAAGCCCAAGGACCGCAACGCGCCCGACUACCGCUAUCAGGUAAAUCAGAAAUGCAUCUACGAGCGCCGUCUGCCGGGCGGGAGCUACAUCACAGCACACGUCCAGCGCCUCCAAUCGGGCUACUACGACAGUCCCGUCAUCCACGAAGACUGCAUUGACAACGUCCGCUUCGUGGCGAUCAAUUUCGUGUUCCAUCCCAGCCGGACGACCUUCCGCUUCAAAUCGGCCGAGAUCAGAAUUGCCUUGCACCAUACGGGCGAGGACGGCCGGAAUCCACUGCAGCAGAUGGUCACGGAUCUGGUGCCGCCUCGAACAAGCAGUCACGACCAUGCCACCCAGACCGAGACCGAGACAGGGACAGACGGGACAACUCACGACGCGCCGCUGGUGUGGCAAAACAAGCGUGUUCACGGCCAUGGCAGGCCGUCUCGACCAAGAUUCCUCCGUCACGCACCCCAUCUGCUUUACGGGUCCAUCAGUCCCGAGACGCUGAACUGGAACUUCAACCUCGCGGGAUCGCUGGGUGUGUCGCAGGGUCCGGCGAGCGCGAGUCUGAAGCCCUCGUACGGGCUCAAAUCCAGCUACAAGGUGUACGAGAUGAUGAAGAUCCAGGGGUCCGUCCGGACACUGCGAUCCUGGGCCGGACACGAGUACGACAUCGAGGACGGAGAGCUGGUCUGGACGCUCGAGGAGAACAGGCUCCAGAAAUCGGGACUGCCCCGGGAAUUCACCUUCGUCAUGCUCCUGACCAAGGGCACCGGCGGGUUCGAAGAGAGCGGCGACGUCAGGUUGGAGAUCGACGUCGACCCGAAAGUCACGGGCCGACUGGGCGCCACGUACCCGUCCGUGGUCACAAAUCUGCAUCAGUAUCAACCGUUCAAGCGUGGCACCUUGGACCUUGACGACGAAAUCGGCCAGGUGUUUGAACCGUACGUCAAGGGCAAGGGGUUCAAUUUUGCCGACAUUGCGAGCAGCUUCGACAAUUUCGUCUGGCUGCCGGGGAAUGCAUACUCGACGUCGGAGCCAGAAUACUCGGCUGCGCCUAGUGGAGGUGGUCAACAACAACAACAGCAGCAGCAGCAGCAGCAGCAGCAGGAGGAGGAGAAGCAGCCACAGACGGGCCAGCAAGGAGACCAGCGGCAACAACAUCACCACCGUAGCUCUACAUGGCAGAAUGCACUCCCCUCAACUGAUACGACGCUUAAUCUUCGCGUCUUCUUCGAACCGUCGCGAGGCAGCCCCGUGCCGUUCUCGAAUCAAAUGCAACAGCAUCAUCAACAGCAGCAGCAGCAGAUACCGUAUCUCAACUUAAAGGUACCGCACGCUCGUUCGCAAAAUCCAUCGCCAAUCCCGCCCUCAAUCGCGGGGUCUCGCAACUCGCCAACCCGUAGGACCAUUACUAUCGGUUCAGGGUCGUCCAAGUCUGUGCGGAAGCAGCGAUCACGGUCCGAGCUCGCGAAGGAGUACAGAUCAUCGCCGGAGCCCAGAAGGGCAGAACGCAGCUCUGCGACUGGAGGAGACCCGGAUCCCAACAGAAGGUCUCUCCAGGCUAGUAGCCGGCGAGACGAGGAUAUGAGGAAGAAUGGACUCGACCGCGAGAAUCGUCACGAGCAUGUCGCCACAAAACGGCCCAUACUGGAUUCUUCGACCGAUGACCAUGUCGACGGCCAUAUUGAUCAACAACCCACUUUCAUGGUCUCAGGUUCGAGUCCCGAGUAUACGACUCCGCCUUUACAUCUGGACAGAGGCGCGUAG